AUGGAGGCUCGACAGAAGGCUGAGGCUGAGCUGGGAUGCAAGCUGCAAGACAAUGAUCUGGAACAAGACGUGGACGUGCUUGACACGUGGUUUAGCUCCGGUUUACUUCCACUAUCGGCUUUUGGAUGGCCGAACGCGAGCAAGGAUAAGGCUGUAGCGCAAGAUCUGAGCUCGAGUUACCCACUAGAUGUCAUGGAAACGGGCUCGGAUAUCCUCUUCUUCUGGGUUGCACGGAUGGCUAUGCUGUGUGAAGAGUUUUCCGGUCGUGUACCGUUCGAGAAGGUGCUUCUUCAUCCUAUGGUUCGUGAUAAGGCCGGUCGCAAGAUGUCAAAGAGUCUGGGUAACGUCAUCGAUCCGCUACAUGUGAUCAACGGCAUCAGUCUUGACCAGCUACUCUCGGACUUGCAGGGUGGGAAUGUCGGCCCACGUGAGCUUAAGAAGGCAGAGAAGGAGUUAAAGAAGGAAUUUCCGAAGGGCAUCCCAACGUGUGGUGCCGAUGCUCUACGCUUCACUUUGGCCUCGUACCUUCAACAAGGCCGUCAAAUCAACAUGGACGUGCAGCGUGUCGUAUCGUAUCGUCAUUUCUGCAACAAGGUGUGGAAUGCAGUGCGCUACGCCCUACCACUACUAGAGACGGAUAACGGCAGCCCAGAAUCGGUGGAUCUUUCUCUCUUACGUGGCGACAUGACUCUUGCCGACCGCUGGAUUAUGAGUCGACUGGCUGCCGUUGUGUCCGAGGUGAAUGAUGGCAUCGCAGCGAACCAGUUAGCGACGAGCGUCGCUGCAAUCCAACGAUUCUUUGUGCAAGAGUUGUGUGACGUCUACAUUGAAUUCAGCAAGCCGGUGCUGUACGGCAACCGCCUCGAAGAAGGUCUUGAUUGUGAGGAAAAACGGCAAGCACGGAAGCGAAGUGCUCAGGCUACGCUACACCGUUGCCUGGACUACUCUAUGCGUCUGCUGCACCCGUUCACACCGUUUGUUACGGAAGAAUUAUGGCAGCGUAUUCGGGAGGUCGAUCCACUUAAUGCAUCCAAAGAGGAGGAUAUCGAGACGUCGAUCUUGUGUGCAGAAUACCCGGAACAAUCACACAUGAGCUCCUGGGUUGAUGCAGAUGCUGAGCAGAGGAUGGCACUUGUUAUCGACGUGAUUCAUGGAAUCCGCUCGCUACGCCACACCGUCAAGGUUCUGGCACCGAAUGCAACUCCCACGAGUGACAGCGAUCGUCCUACUGUUCGCAUCGUGUGUUCGAACGCGACAGUGCACUCCGAGCUGAAGGAUGCGCAACGUGAUCUUGAGACCCAAUGCCGCGUGAAUGUGGAUGUCGUUAUUGCUGGCGAUGGAUCAUCGACGUUACCGUCGGCCCAUGUGCUCACGCACUCGGUUUCGAACUACUGUCGAGUAAUGCUGGUGGUACCGGACGAUGCUGAGACGACACAACGCGUAGCGAACGAGAUCUCCAGACUAGAGAAGCGCGCUUCAAAGAGUGCGUCCGCCGCUGAAGCCCUAAUCCGGCGCCAACAGGGACCACAUUAUGCUAUUAAAGUGCCCGAAGCAGUGCAAGCUCAGGACGCACAGCGCCUUACGCAGCUGCAGACCGAGAUCCAGGCUACGGAGAAGAGUCUAGAUGCAUUGCGCGAGCUGCAGCGGCUCUACUAA